AUGUAUCGGCCUGAGGACGACGAUCCCGAAGGAUGGAUUCAUAGGGACAAGUUGGCCAAGAUCGAAAAUGAAGAGCUACAGGCUGCCGGACUCAAUCUGGCGAACGCAAGACGCAACGUGAGUAAGGCCGGAAGAAGAGAAACGAGUCGUGGUCGCCGCGGUGAGGGCCGCAAUUCCUCGGAGACCGGGAGGGUCGAGACAGAAGAAGACACCCCACGACUGGGUGCAGCGGAGGAAGAUGGACAGGAACGAGCCAAUUGGGAUCUGCGCACACCAGAGGAGAUUGCGGCUGACCAGGCGAUGCUGCAGACAUCCCGGAACCCAGCCUUGAAGAGGUCCGGGUCAAAGAUACCUGUGCUGACUUCAAGCCCUCUGCCCAUACCACAAGAAAGGAUUGAUCGAGAUACUCCUCUGGCGAGGAAACGUACUAUUAGUAAUAGUAUGAGCCCGGAGGAUGGGAUACCAGUCUUGAAAUCCAGAAAACGGAAAGGAAGUACCGGCAGCCAGCCUUUGCAGGAUGACCUCUUUUCUCACGACACGACGCCGGUCCCGACGAACGGCUCCAAGUCCGCGCCCAAACCCGCAUCUCCGAUCAAGACGAAGCAGAAGACCGCUCAGUCAUCGCCUCCUGGCACAUCGUCCGGAAGGAAGGUAUCUGGGACGAACAGGAAACCGUCCAACACUGCCAAAUUGGGAACACCGCCUUCAUUUGGCCAGAGACCCGGAACCAGAUCGGGCGAACUAGAUCGUCCUCGAACAGCGGUCAACAGGCCCGAAGGCGAUCCUCCGUGGCUUGCAACGAUGUACAAGCCGGACCCUAUGCUACCUCCUGAAGAGCAAAUCAUUCCAACCCACGCUCGACGACAGCAGCAAGCCGCAUGGGAACAGCAGGGAGCUGUCCCAAUCACCUAUGAUCGAAAUUUCUCACCCUUGGCCAUCCACACCGGCGAUGGGUUGGUCAAAGCACCGUCCCCUCACCCACCUUUGUCUCCAUCACCGGAAAGAGAGGAAGAGCGUGCCCAGGGCUCCUGGCCCUUGAAGCCGGUACCCAGUGUUAGAAACUCCGGGGGCGGCAGGCCUGGCACUGGUGGUAGUGCUAAUGGCGGUUACAGCACGAUGCCCAGGGUGACAAGUCCGGCGAUUGUACAGAGCCCUAGAAUGGGCAAUAUCUCUACCACACCCACUCAACCGGUCCGGACACAAGUUCAGCGCCUAGAACCCCAUGAAAUGGACGAAAAGGCCAAGGACAAGAGCUGCGGGUGCUGUAUUGUCAUGUGA